CAGUCUGGGGUAGUUCCGGGCGCGAGGUGGCCCCCACGGUCGCUGCCCCGAGGGGGCGGGGCGGUUCCGAGGGGCGGGGCGGCCCUGAGGGGGCGGGACGAGGCUUAAAAGUAAAGCUGGCCCGGGAGCGUUUGGCGCGAAGUUGGCUCAGCCGAGCUCCUUGCGUCGGCGCUGCCUCGUACGUAGUCCGUUCCUGUUCUCUCCUCAGAGGCUUUUAGUCCCCGCUUCGUUAUUUUACCAUUGCGCCUGAUAUCUCUUCACGGAGUACGCCAUGGUUCCCAAGAAAUGCGCAGGAACCCAGAAGUCCCUCGACGUUGCGCGGCUCCUCAAGAGCAAAAGCCUCAGAAGUCUUCAGGAGCUGGAGCCCGAAGCCAAGAAGCUGUGUGCGCAGAGUCUCGUACCCAGCAGGAAAUGUGAGGCAUGCUGCCAUCUGCCGGGGUUGCCUGGCCUACAGACCCCGCCACGGAGUAGCAGCCUCAUCAGGGAUCUUUACCAGCAGAAGUUAGGCAAAGUCACUUGGUCAUCCCUACAGCAGGGUCUCCAAAAGUCCUUUUUGCACUCUCUGGCUUCUUACCGGGUAUUCCAAAAAGCUGCCCCCUUUGACAGAAGGACUACAUCGUUGGCAUGGCACCCGACUCAUCCCAGUACCGUGGCUGUGGGCUCCAAAGGGGGGGACAUCAUGAUCUGGAACUUUGACAUAAAGGACAAACCUAUCUUCAUUAAAGGGAUGGGAGCUGGAGGAAGCAUCACUGGGCUGAAGUUUAACCAUCUCAAUUCGAACCAAUUUUUUGCUUCCUCAAUGGAGGGAACAACCAGGCUGCAGGAUUUUACAGGCAACACUCUGCAAGUUUAUACCAGGUCAAACUGUUGCAAGGUCUGGUUUUGCAGCCUUGAUGUUUCUGCCAAGAGCCGAGUGGUGGUCACAGGAGACAAUAUGGGACACGUGAUCCUGCUGAACACAGAUGGCAAGGAGCUUUGGAAUCUCAGAAUGCACAAAAAGAAAGUAGCCCACGUGGCCCUGAAUCCCUGCUGUGAUUGGCUUCUUGCCACAGCCUCCAUAGAUCAAACAGUGAAAAUCUGGGACCUGCGCCAAAUUAAAGGGAAAACCAGCUUCCUCUACUCACUGCCUCACAGGCAUCCCGUCAAUGCAGCCUGUUUCAGCCUGGAUGGAGCCCGGCUCCUGACUACUGACCAGAACAGUGAGAUUCGGGUUUACUCUGCCUCCCAGUGGGACAGCCCCCUGAGCCUAAUCUCCCACCCGCAUCGUCAUUUUCAGCACCUUACACCCAUCAAGGCAUCCUGGCAUCCGAGGCACAACCUCAUCGUUGUGGGCCGAUACCCAGACCCUAAUUUCAAAAGUUGUGUUCCUUAUGAACUAAGGACAAUAGAUGUGUUUGAUGGAGACUCGGGGAAGAUGAUGUGCCAGCUCUAUGAUCCAGGAUAUUCUGGUAUCACUUCGGUGAGACUGAACCUUCAAACAGUGAUGGGAGGAAGCAGGGAGUUGAGCUAUCUUUCUGAUCAGAAUGUAUCCCCAUGUACCCUGUUGCCUCUGUACUGCCUUCACCCCACUUUCACACUGAAAUUCUUACCUUUGCAGCUCAAUGAGUUCAAUCCUAUGGGGGACACACUGGCCACUGCCAUGGGUGAGUAAAAGCAACUGUAUCUGAGACUAAGUCUGACCCUAUCCCUAGGUUUCAAAAGAGGCUAAAUUCACUCUAGCCCUGCCCUAUUCAUCCCAGGGCAUAGGCGAUAAAGAAAUCUGGGAGACAGUUGUCUCUGGCCCAGAUCACUCAUCUGGCUUUAUGUUAGUCAUGACAGUGUGAGGAUAUUAUUCAGUCUGCUAGCUCCCCGUGACAGCCCCAAGCUCUGAGACCAGUAACAGAAGGUGUCAGUCAGACUUCUUUUUUCUUCUAGGCUAUCAUAUUCUCAUUUGGAACCAAGAGGAAGCCAGGGCACAUGAACAUCACAAAAGACAAUGAAGAGGGCAUGAGACAGCAACACCUGGACCCCACACGUGGGAAGAAGUUCUGUGAGAAGAGGCAACUGUUUGUUAAGGGACCAGACGUACCCAGGGUUGGAGUAGGGGCACUUGUGACGUGGGAUACUGUGGGACUAAGAUA